UGGGUCUGACCCAGGAGUCAUCAUGGUUUAAAAGUACUGGGAAACGUGCCACUGGCCUAUCACUCAGCACACUCAGAUCCAAACGAGUACAACGGGGUGUUGACAGAUCUUCUCUUUUAAUACUGAUCUCAGAGCAGUACUCCAGAAUCUCUUAUUAUGCUGGAAAUUUGAAUGUGGAUGACAACGACUGCUCUCAAACCAGCAUAUAUGGAGGCUAAGCGUGAAACUGCUCCGAUGAGGCCCACGGGUCAGGGAUGAUGAUGAACUGACGGAGCGCAUGGAGGAGCUGAAUCCCACUGUCCUGAAAUGGCUCCAACAUAUAAAAGGCCCUGCAGUAAAGUCCUGCAAUGGUGCCCAUUUCUCCUGCUCCUCUCCUGUUUCUUCUAGUGUUUGCUCUGCAGAGCAUCUGGUCAACUGCUCCACAGGAACAGAAAGUUCAAAGCUCGUCUCAGCCAGAAAUCUCCAGCUUACAUCACCCCACCUGGAGCCUGGGGCUGCAGCUGUAUAGGUCGCUUCGCAUCGACGGUUCCCAGACCAACACCUUCAUCUCCCCUCUUCUGUUGGCCAACUCCCUGCUGGCUCUAGAGGGUGGAGCUAAAGGAUCCACAGCAGGCCAGUUUCACAGUCUCCUGAGGAUCACCAAAAACAAUAAGGCCGUUGGAGAAGCUUUGGCCAAGGCACUGAAAUCUGUGCACGAAGCUAAUGGAACCAGCUACUCAUUGCACACUUCCUCCGCACUGUUUUCCAAACAAGUCCCAAAACUGGAGAAGAGCUUUCUGGAGAAGCUCCAGACCCACUUUGGGUUGCAGCAUGUGUCCCUUGAGGAUGCACAGAAACAGACUGACAUGGAGAAGCUCCAGUCCUGGGCUAAAAGUGGGAUGGAUGGAGAAGAGACAGCAGAUCUGGAACUGGCACUGGAGCCCAAACCUGGAGCCAUGAUACUAGCCAGUGCUCUUCACUUUAAAGGAUUUUGGGAUCAAGGCUUUUACCAUGAAAACCAAGAUUCGCGCAGCUUCUUAGGUACAAAAUACACCAAAGUUCCCAUGAUGCACAGAUCAGGGGUAUACCGUCACUAUGAGGACAUGGAGAACAUGGUACAGGUAUUGGAAUUGGGUCUGUGGGAAGGGAAGGCCAGCAUGGUGCUUCUUUUGCCCUUCCAUGUGGAGAGUUUGGCUCGGCUGGACCGUCUGCUGACCCUGGAUCGGCUGGAGAAUUGGUUGGGGAAACUAAACUCUAGAAGUAUGGCAUUAUCCCUCCCAAGAACCAAGAUAAGCAGCACGGUCAAUUUACAGAAGCAGCUAGCUGCAUUAGGCCUGGUAGAUGCGUGGAACGAGACGUCAGCUGAUUUCUCAACUGCGUCAAGUCUGGGACUGGGGAAGCUUCACUUGGGAGCCGUGUUGCAUUGGACGUCCCUCGAGCUGGCGCCUGAGUCCGGCAGCAAGGACGGUAUGCAUGAGGAUGAGGAUGUGAAGAAGCCAAAAAUCUUCUACGCGGAUCAUUCUUUCAUUAUACUAGUCAGGGACAGCAGCACUGGGGCAUUGCUCAUGAUUGGUGCACUGGACCAGACUGAUGGCCCUGCAAUUCACGACGAGCUGUAGAACAAAAAUACUUCACUCUCUGGCACUGACAGUCUGCUGAAGAGCCAAAACGGCUGACCUACAGCUAUUGACAAUAAACUGACCUUCUUAUCCACUGCAAAUCCACUGUUUUUCAACUACUGGCCUUAUGUUUUGUGCUGACACGUUACGUUUUACUUGUAUUACAAAUAUGAGAGAGCUUAAGAUAGAAUGUAAUUAAACGGAUAUUUAGACCUGCAUCUACAGAUUUCUGCAGAAAACAUUGCAGAAUAUCAAUGUGUUCUGCAACUUUUUGUUUAUUAAAUAUUUGCUUAAUUUUACUAAAGCUUUAAAGUGCCUUUAUAAGUAAAAUAGUUACAGCUCUGGAAAUAGAAUCUUUCUGUUAAUAUAU